AUGCAAACGUGGCCCAACGUCGAGGCGCGCCGGCCUGCCCUCCCCAACGACUCACCAAGCGGCCGCAGACGAUGGAUGGAGAGUGGAGAGUGUUUCUUGAAAAGAUUUGCUCUUACUGAUGUCAUCCGAACAGGAGCGUUUAAUGGUCUUGAGCGCCUUUCAUUGGACGGAAGGCCUAGGACGUGCCCGACGGACGCGAACCUUCGACUCCACCUAUUUCAGUUCCCAGUAUUGGGAUGUCUGAUUUUCGUCUUGCUACACACAGCACACCCGCAGAGCAUUCCAAAAUUGGAAGAAACGGGCGGCCUGGCGCCAGCGCCCCCUUGGUGCACCCUGCCAAGGCGCGCAGGUGGCUUUGGCCGCCGGGACCCGCCCGCCGCCCACUGCGGCAGCGGCGAGAGGCGCGCGCUGGGGCUCCGGGGGGGGGGUGAGGGGGGCAGCCCGGAGGAGAAGGUGCGCCGGCGGCCGCCCGCGGCCGCGAGUCAACACGAGAAGUGCUGCGCCGCGCUCUGCCCGGAGGAGUUGCUCGUGGCGCCCGCUCUCUGCGCCGCCACCCCGCCGCCCGCCGCCCCCGCCCGCGGCAGCAGCAGCCCGAUCUGCCGGAAGCGCCGUGCGCCAGGUCGCCCCUCCCCCCCGCACCGUGCGCCGGCCGCGCGAGUGCCUCGUGAGCGAUCGGUGUUGACAUGCGCGGCUGCUAGCGCCAGGUGCGUGCGCGGGGCAUGGCGGCCACGUGAAUCGGGCAGCGAGUGCGUGCGUGCGUGUGCGCGCGAGUGCGCGCGGGCGGGAUGUCGCCGGGGCCCGCGCGUAGCCCGCGCCAAUAACUUGCGGCCGGGCGGCGCGCGCGACCCGCGCGGCGGGCGCGGCGACAUGGAAGAGCAGAUGAGCCCGCUGCAGGACUGCCCGUCCAGCCCGGACUCGGACCAGCUGUCGGUCAACGACUUCAUGCACAGCGACCUCAACAGCAACGGCAGCAGCAGCAACAACGGCCACAACAGCAGCGCCGGUCACAAGCGCAAGCGCUCGCCGCUCGGGGACGCCACGGACGGCGGCGGCGCGCUGUCGCCCAGGAAGCAGCUGCAGCACUUCGGCCUGCUGGACGCGGCCGCGCACCCCGACGACGUCGACUCGGACGAUGUGAAGGACCUCACGGAGGACCGGCUGACGGGGCACGGCGCCAUCGCGUCCCUAGGCUCCGUGUCGGCCGGGGGCGGCGGGGGCGGCGGCUCGUCGCCCUUCGGCGGGGGCGGCGGCCCGCACCACCACCACCACCGCGGCGGCGGCACGGGGCGGCGGCGGCAGGCUCCGUGCGUCGGCGGGCGAGAAUGCCGCACACGCGCCGCCGUAUACUAUUCACCGCCCUUCCCGCCCGCCGGCCUCCCGGGCCACCACCACCCGCACGCACCGCGGGGCAGCCCCGCGGCCGGCCGCGCAACGCCGCCCACCCGUGCACGCGGCCGCGCAGCUCGACUACCUUUCACUCGGCCGUCGGCGCUGGCGUGGAACAGCGGGGACCCCCUAUUCGCAGACGGCUCAACUCGCUGCAGCCAGACGCGCGCAGGCCCCGCCGCCGCUCACCACUACCAACAGCUUAGGCGCGUGACGGCGGCCGCCGUGACGGCGGGCCAGCGCGGCGCCGCCGCCGCCUCCCACGACGUGCUGCGCCGCGUCGAGGCCGACCCCCUGCACGUGAGCAACAUGCACGCGUCCUUCGCGUACGAGGGCCGGCGCGCGAGCGACUACGGCAGCGCGGUGCGGCGCCCCGAGCACACGCUGCUGGGCCACCCGGGGCUGGAGCCCGAGGUGAUGCUGCACGGCUCGCUCGCCGUCGACGACGGGCAGCCGCGCGGCGAGGGCGGCAAGGACCUGGUGCUGUCGAGCGUGCCGUCGGCGCCGUCGGACGUGUUCUGCUCGGUGCCCGGCCGCCUGUCGCUGCUCUCCUCCACCAGCAAGUACAAGGUGACGGUGGGCGAGGUGCAGCGCCGCCUGUCGCCGCCCGAGUGCCUCAACGCCUCGCUGCUCGGCGGCGUCCUGCGUCGGGCCAAGUCGAAGAACGGCGGGCGCCUGCUGCGGGAGAAGCUGGAGAAGAUCGGGCUGAACCUGCCCGCGGGCCGCCGGAAGGCCGCCAACGUGACGCUGCUCACCUCGCUCGUCGAAGGCGAGGCGAUCCACCUGGCGCGGGACUUCGGCUACGUGUGCGAGACGGAGUUCCCGGCGCGGCAGGUGGCCGAGUACCUUAGCCGGCAGCACACCGACCCCGGCGACUCGUACCGCCGCAAGGAGCUCAUCCACGCCACCAAGCAGAUCACCAAAGAGCUGAUGGACCUGCUGAACCAGGACAGGUCGCCGCUGUGCAACACGCGGCCGCAGCACAUCCUGGACCCCAGCAUCCAGCGCCACCUCACGCACUUCUCGCUCAUCUCGCACGGCUUCGGCAGCCCGGCCAUCGUGGCGGCGCUCACCGCCAUUCAGAAUUUCCUGACGGAGUCUCUGAAGCAUUUGGACAAGGUGUACCCCUCGGGCAACAACACAGGAGCUCACAUUUCUGUGACGUCAUCGCAGCAGUCGUCCAACAUGGAGACCAAACCCAAAGACAUCGGAGACCUGAAAAAGUGAGGGUGGCUCAAGCGGGACACAUCGCAGGACCCGGCCAUCAACACCCCGACGACGGGGCACCACGCCAUCACGUUGCGCCACUCGUGGCCCUACAACUGAGGCGUCGGCCCCGCGAGGCAGCCGGAUUCGCAGCUGGGGCCGAGCGGCCGCUCGGGGAACGCGGCCGCCGCUGUUUCUCAGCCCCCAGUGUGUGUCUCGCUCAGCUUUGGGAAGCUGAAAAUACAUUUUGCACUUUGAGUACGAGGGGACGAGGAUCGUUGGACAAAGUGACGUGGAAGUCGCCGAUACACGCCGGCGACGAGGGUCAUUCGCCAGCUGCAAAAGAGCUGGGAGGCCCCAAAAGUGACGCGUAUCGUAUGAUGAACUUUUUUGAAGGAGCAAACCCACCGCUUAUUUGCAACCACUAUACUUUGUAAUGCUUUCUUUUGAGGAAGAUGGCACAGUGAGCAGGCGGCUAUUUACACGAUCAAGAAGCGAGAAGUAUUACUUUCUCAUAUAGACAUUUUGCUUCUUGGACGAACUUAGCUGCUAUAGUCCUGCCCGCAGACGUCUGGCAGACCAGCUUUGUUUCCUGUGUUGUAUCAGUGGUUAAUCAAAUUAAUGACUCAUUGCGGUUAAAUCGAAUAUAAUUUGAUUUCUUCGUAAUGGUAAGCUACGGGUGGUUCAUUUUCACUCUAAGUGUAAUGAGACACUUUCAGCUCAUAAGGUUUACAUGCUUUGGUACAUAAAAGUGACUUUAUGCAAUAUUUACAUUAACCAAUCUUAUUGAAGAAUUUCGCUUCAUUUACUGAUGUAAUCUUUGGAUUGAGAAUAAUGCCAUACAAUUUUUAUGCCGAAACGUGUGAAAAUUAUGAAGCUGAAACUGUUCCAUUUUAUGUCUCUGGGCUUCAGUAUAACCCUUAUUGGUGUUAAUUGGUAUACCCACCAAUUUCAAUGCUCUUCAAAUGUGCCAAUCUUACUUCUGAAGAACUUCUAUGUGGGAAUCAUCACAUUUACAUGGUUCUCUAAAUUUAUGAAAUUCAUCCUUUGCAUAUACUGUGUUUUCAACAUACGUGUAUGAGCAACAAUUAACUGUUUAUACUUGAUGUAGAAUUUAGAUGAUAAUUUAAGAAUGUCUUUUUUUUAUUACUAUCGAAAUACACUAUGUUGUUUAAAGAUAUCUAAAUAAUUGUGUAAGAUGGCUGCAAAUGAACUAUUUUAAAUUUGCAGUUUCAGGUUUAGGAAACUAUUAGAUCUCCAAAAGGAAUGUGUAAUGUAUAAUACAGUGUUAUUUACUUUAGUGCAAGAAACAUGAUGUUCUUGGGAAAUUCAGUCUUAAUGGGGUUCUGUACUAGAUAAUAGAUUGUUUUUUUAAGAGUGAUGUUUGAUUAAAACUUGCCAUAGAAAUAUUGUAUGUAAAUAUAAAGGGCUAGAUCUGUGAAAACAACCAAUACAGAACACUCGUAAAAUGCAAAUAAGUAUAUCAGUAUUGCAUUUUCUCUAUCUGUACAGAUUAUAUUAUACUUUUUAUAUUCAUCUUGCCAUUGUAAAGAAAACAAUGCCACAAAAUUUUCUGUUUGUUUGUUCAUUGUUUGUUUUUGUUUUAAUGAGUCAGUCUAUAUUUUAGUAUCUUCAUUCAGUGAUUUGCAAUGCUCAAGAAUGAGAGUUUUAUUUUAUGUGAGAUUAUUGUAAAUGAGUUAUUAACCAGAAAAAUGAUUUUAUGUAACUGGAAAUUGUGCCAUGUAUUUUCAGUAAGCUAAUUGAUCGAUAGGUAAGACAAAUGACAUUUCUUUUACCACUGUACUCUAAAUAUCAACUGAUUUUUUUUCUGGUCAGCCACAUGCUUAUUAUAUGUCGUAUGCUCAUCAAUAAAAGUGAUGAAAUAUUUGCUGCAAAGCAUUUCAGUAUAAGUAGGUAAUACCUUUUCUUCAAAAAACAUUUCAAUAUUUCAGUUGCCUUACAUUAUUUUUGCAAAAAUUGUAGCUUUGAUUUCAUUGUAAGUGCUUAUGCAAACGUGUGGAAAGACAAGGCAUAAUAUAAAUCCAAAUUUGUAAUGAAUAUUUCUAACUAGUACAUAAAACCCAUUUGUCAAAUUGAUUGAAGUGGAAAAAUGAAGAUUAACUUGAUCAUCCUUUGUCUUGAGUGCUUGGCAGACGUGUAACAAAAUCCCUAAAUAAAUUGCUCUUUUUCAUUUGAUUUUUUUUGUUU